AUGAUCUAAAGUUUAGGGAUGCAGACCAAAUUUCACAAAUAGAUGGAGAAAAUGAAAGGAUUUCUGGUCUCAGCCCAUAACAUAUCUCCCAUAAAUGAUGAUGAGCCUAUCAGGAAAACUUAGACUCCUUUGAUUGGUCAACAAGUUUAAUCAAUAUCUUUCAGUGAUGACGAGAUGGAGAUUGAAGACUUCAAGCAAAUAGGUGUUAAAUCCACGAAUUUCGAAGACGAGUUUACUUUAGGUAAGAAACUAGGCGAAGGCACUAAUGGUGUCGUUAGAAUUUGUUGGAAAAAAGACAAUCCUUAAUAGUAAUUUGCAGUAAAAAUAAUACAAACACCAGAUGAAGAAUAGUUGGAUAUCGUAAGACAAGCCUUCAUCAACUCUACGAUCAUCAAAAGUCCCUACAUUGCAAAAUGCUACAAAUUAUACAUUGACAUUAAUGUAAUAUACAUGGUAAUGGAGUAUGUUCCAUUUCCAAACUUACAAUCCAUAUUGCAAGAGAGAACAUAAUUAAAAGAACAAGAGGUUUAAAGAAUUGCCUGUUCUCUAUUGAAAAGUGUUAGAUGUUUGCACAGUUGCGGCAUUUGUCAUAGAGACAUUAAACCAGACAAUGUGCUUGUAAAUCAGAAGUAAAAUAGUUGUUAUUUAUAGCGAUUACACAGUCAAAUUAAUAGACUUCGGGGUUUCUAGAAGAUUUGUUACAUUCAAUAAUAGUACAUUUAGGUAUAUGAGGAAUUAAAUGUUAACUGUUACUGGUAACCUACAUUACCGAGCACCAGAAAUCAUGGGUAGCCAUAUUUAUGGUUAUAAUCAGUAAGUCGAUAUAUGGGCCAUUGGAGUUAUCAUGUAUUAAUCGCUAACAUCAGUCUUGCCAUUCACUUCAGAUAAUACUGCUGAUAUUGUUGCUUUAUUAUCCAAUAGGUAUUCUAUUUGUAUAUACACUCCAAAGUUAAUCAAUCAAUGAAGCAUUUCAAAAACCUUAGUUUCUGUCCUUGUCAUCGAGUUGCAGAGACUUAAUCAAAAGAUUAAUGAUGUGGAAUCCUUUAAAAAGAUUAACAGCCUCUGAAGCACUCAAACAUAUAUGGAUUCCCAAUAUGCAAACUCCUCAAAAACCACUUGUAAAGAAAGUUACUAAAGAUGAUAUGGACACUAGUAAAAUUAGUUAAAAUAGUGAUCUUCUGAAUAAAUCUUUAAUUAAUAGUGCUACCAUUCUGAAUUUUGAGUUACAAAAUACUCUUAUCAAAAGUAAGCAUAUUGAUUCAGUCUUGGAAACUUAAGAUAUCACUAAAUCCUAAAAAAGUCUUGGUUUCUCCAUCAAAAUAAAAAGAGAAAAAGAAAUUCAGGAUUUUAAAGCUAAAUUAAAGUAAUUUAAAUUAGAAACUUCAACUAAGAUUUACAAGAGGAACAAUUCAAAUUAGAAUAAUGCAAUUUAAUUGGUCGGAGCCUUAGUCGAUGAUAAAAUGAACAACUCAAUUAAAUUGGAUGAUGAAGAUGAUAUGUUUGGUAUCAAAGUAUGUGGAAGUCAUCACUCGCUAACAUAAAUUGAUGAACCUAUAUAAACUGAACAACAAGCACAACAUAACAAGUUGGAUCCUCAAUUACUGGAGCAGCUCUUAGAAUUUAAUUUGUGA